AUGAAUCGAGUGUCUCCUAUUCGACCAUCACUGCUAGGUUUGGGUUCUUCGCAUUUGCGCGUGACGCUUCAAAAGAGACUUUUGUCAUCUGCUAGCCCCAAAAAUGUCGUCAAUGGCAUGCAACACGACCAGGGCGCCACACCCAAUGGCGCCGAUAAUACAAAAAAGCUUGCUUUUGUUUCCCUAAGCUCUGCACUUACUGCUGCUCUUGUCUCUUCCGACAUAUACAUCGUAAAUAGCGAAUCUCCGCUUCUUCUUACAUUUUUAAUUGUCAUGCGUUUCUUAUAUCUCAAGGCCGGGCCGGUUAUUGGAGAAUACAUUGAAAAUGAAGAGAAUAGAACGGUUAAAGAAAUUCAAGAGGCGUUUGUCCGCAGAAGAAACGCCCUUUUGUCGAGACUGAAUCACCUGAAUGCCUUUAAAGAGGUUCGAGGCUUGUUUGAAGAAUAUUUGAGAAUCAAAAAGGUUUGCUUUGUUGCUGCCCAUACUUGGUUAGGAAAAUGUGCAUCUUCAUGUGGAGCUAGAAUCUUUGAUGCAAGAGACCAAACAUCUUCAAGAGGUGAAGUUUAA